AUGGGCUCUCUCUGGGGAAGCAUUAUGCUGCUGUGUGGGGUGGUUCUGCUCAGGACGGAGGGCAGCAGAGCCCAACAGACCAAGAACAACGUCCCUCGGCUAAAACUCUCCUACAAAGACAUGCUGGAGUCUAACAACCUUGUGACGUUUGAAGGCCUGGCCAACAGUUCGGCUUACCACACCUUCCUGUUGGACGAGGAGAAAGGAAGACUUGUUGUGGGAGCCAAGGACCACAUCUUCUCUUUCAACCUCCUCAAUAUCAGCAGAGACUACACACAGAUCCCUUGGCCGGCUUCUCCCACCAGAAGAGAUGAAUGCAAGUGGGCAGGAAAAGAUCUUUCGAGGGAGUGCUCAAAUUUCAUCAAGGUGUUGCAGCCGUUCAACCAGACCCAUCUCUAUGUGUGUGGGACAGGAGCCUUCCACCCUGUGUGCUCCUACCUGGAGGUGGGCAAGAAAACAGAGGACAGUGUGUUCCGACUGGAGCCUCUCAUAGAAAAUGGCCGAGGGAAGAGUCCCUACGACCCCAAGUUGCUCACUGCCUCCAUGUUAAUUGAUGGAGAACUGUACGCUGGGACAUCAGCUGACUUCAUGGGGCGGGACUUUGCCAUCUUUCGCACUCUUGGAAAGCAUCACCCAAUCAGGACGGAGCAACAUGAUUCUCGGUGGCUUAAUGAUCCCAGGUUUGUUGGUGUUCAUCUGAUUCCAGAGAGUGACAACCCAGAAGAUGACAAAAUCUACUUGCUCUUCAAAGAGAACGCUUUAGAUGGCGAGCACGCUGGGAAGGCCACACAUGCUCGCAUCGGACAGCUCUGCAAAAAUGACCUGGGAGGCCACAGGAGUCUGGUAAAUAAGUGGACCACUUUCUUGAAGGCUCGACUUAUUUGCUCUGUGCCUGGCAGUAAUGGAAUUGACACACACUUUGAUGAACUACAGGAUGUUUUUCUCAUGAGCACGAAGGAUCCUAAGAGCCCGAUCAUCUAUGCAGUAUUUACCACUUCCAGCAACAUCUUCAAAGGUUCAGCUGUGUGUAUGUACAGCAUGACAGACAUUAGGAGAGUGUUCCUGGGUCCUUACGCUCAUAGAGAUGGACCCAACUAUCAGUGGGUGCCCUUCCAGGGACGUGUUCCUUACCCACGGCCCGGCACAUGCCCAAGCAAAACAUUUGGCGGAUUUGAUACAACCAAGGACCUUCCUGAUGAAGUCGUAACCUUUGCCAGAAGCCACCCAGCCAUGUUUAACUCUGUCUACCCCAUUAACAAUCGACCAAUCAUAAUCAAAACAGAUGUGGACUACCAGUUCACCCAGAUAGUGGUGGACAAAGUAGAAGCAGAAGAUGGCCAGUAUGAUGUCAUGUUCAUAGGCACAGACAUGGGGACGAUACUGAAAGUCGUAUCCAUCCCCAGAGGCUCCUGGCACGACCUGGAGGAAGUCCUAUUGGAAGAAAUGACUGUCUUCAGAGAGCCAACAGCCAUUACAGCAAUGGAACUGUCAACAAAACAGCAACAACUGUAUCUGGGCUCAGACAUUGGUGUGUCCCAGAUGCCUUUGCACCGGUGUGAGGUUUAUGGGAAGGCUUGUGCUGAAUGUUGCCUGGCAAGGGACCCUUACUGUGCAUGGGACGGCACUGAGUGCUCCAGAUACUUUCCCAUGGCUAAGAGGAGAACAAGGAGGCAAGAUAUCAGAAAUGGAGACCCACUCACACAAUGCUCAGAUCUGCAACACCAUGAUGAACUAAGUGGGCAGACGACUCUCGUGGAUAAAACUGUGUAUGGUGUGGAGAACAGCAGUACUUUCCUUGAGUGCAGUCCCAAGUCCCAGAGAGCUCUGACAUAUUGGCAAUAUCAACGCUCUACUGAUGACCACAAGCAAGAGAUCAAAUCGGAAGAACGUUUUAUCCGCACAGACCAGGGCCUACUGAUUAGGACACUUAACAAGAAGGAUUCUGGGAUGUAUCUGUGCCAGGCGGUGGAGCAUGGCUUCAUGCAGAUGCUUCUGAAAGUGACCUUAGAGGUCAUUGACAGCGAGCGCCUGGAGGAUCUGCUACAUCGCGAUGAAGAGGCCGCACUCAGCGUCCCCGCAUCGGAUCUUCCCCCACCUCAAGAAACUCCCAAUCAAAAGCUGUGGUACAGAGACUUUCUCUCUUUGGUCAAUCACCCGACUCUCAACAGUGUGGAUGAGUUCUGUGAGCAGGUAUGGAAAAGGGAGAGAAAGCACAGGAGACAAAAAGCUCACCUGGUACAGCAAGUACAAAUACACCAGCAGCAGCAGAAGGUUGUGAACCCUCGCACCCACAUGCAUGCUCAAGGGCUGGCAGCUAAGUGGAAACACCUGCAAGAGAGGCAGAAGGGACGCAACCGCAGGACCCAUGAACUAGAGAGGGCUCCCCGCAGUGUCUGACUUAUAAACCUUGACUUUUAACACCCAAACUUGCAAACACAACCUCAUUCUGUAACCCUGAUUAACCUACCCACUUUUCUCCUUGACUCUGAGAAACAGACAUCAUCCACAAAGACUGGAUAGAAAAGUUAAACUGGAACUAAAGGUAAUACUGGCCUGAUCUGCCAGCUGGUGUGUUCUGUGCGUGGGCAGCCAUGUUUACAGUACGACAGUACAGAGGACAGCAGGAAACAGGAUGUUGUAUCACGCCAGACCAUUCAAGCAUAUUAUCUCAGCUGGCCUAUGUGGCCUGAACACUGCAGAGGGACAGUGUCAACCGGCACAAUAACUGGAUACAUUUACCCAUCCAUACAGAUAUCACAGACUUCACAUUGAGAUGUCAAUGGCAUUGUCUCAUGGCAUGCAAGUUAUGUGUCUUUUUCAGUGUGAAACAGGUAUAUGAUCAUUUCUUUUUUUACUUCACAAAUAUGAAAGAAGAGGAGGUGUGAUUGUAUUAAAAAAAACUGAGAGUAAAUGGACUUGCAGUGCAGUUAUAAGCACAAAAUAAGUGAAGCUCAUGGAAAGCACAUAUGUUCUUUGGAUGUUCAGUCAGUUUUGGUAUUAUAGAUGGAUAAAUCAUUCAACAUGAGAAAGAAAAAAUGCCCAAGCACUGCAAGAAAAUGGGAGGAGAGGUCACCAUUUGUCAACAAAUACAACUAUGUAGCUAAGAUGUGUAAAUACUGUAUUCUAUGGCGUCUCCUCAUACUAAAGGGAAUGGAUUGCAGUUGUAUUUAACAUUUAUUUAAGAACAAGUCAUUGGAAAGCAGUUGUAUACAGGAAGAUUGUAUACUAGCCUGUGUGUCCAUGCCCUACAUAAGCUUCCCAAACAAAGUCAGGUUUUGUUAUUCUGUUCUGUUCAUCAUUUUUUGUUUUAAUCAUCAGACUCCUUUCAGUUUCAACAGUCAUUGACUGUCACUUUAGACAGAAGGGAUGUUUGCCAACGGCAUCAUCUCAGUGCAUGAAAUCUCAUACUGAGUUCUCUUCCCUGUUCAUUUGAUUUGCAUACACUUUGUUUCUACUAUAUGUGUAUUUAUUGAUAUACAAUUAUGUAUAUUGUGAAAAUAUGUGCAGGCUUUGGUUUAAUUAAUCUGACAGGACCAAUCUCUUAAAAUAACUUUAUUAUCACAAAUACUGUAGUAAGACUGGAUGUUAUUUAUCAAUAUUGGUCAAUAUUACAUGCAUUACAUAUCAGAUGCACUGAGCAAUAAUCCAGUGUCCUUACUGUAUUUUUUUCUGCCAGAUUCAUUGCCUCAUGUUCAUGUUCUUUACAGGCAGCGCUGUGUAACAACCUUAUUUCACUGCAUGUGAAAUUACAAACUCUAGUUUUUCCAAUUACAACAAUCCUUUGUUAUUAAAUGCACACACAAAACCACAAACCUGGAAUGUAGCUGUGAACAUUGUGUAAAUGUAAAUAAUAUGGUCUAUGUUCGACAAGUAUGACACUGUGUACUAGUGCAUGUGAAUACAAUAGUGUUCCUGUUUCGCUUUAGUAAUGAUAUACUGGUCUGGUGUUGUCACCGUUAUUCUGUUGUUUGGUAAGCAGUACACAAUAUUAACUAUUUCAAAGAUGUACUUACUAUUUCUGUUAGGACUCUGAAUAAUUGAUCAUUCCUGAGGUAGGUAUUCAUAAAGAAAAUAUACCCAAGAUCUAAACAAGAUCUCACAAAAUAUAAACAAGAUCUAAACAGGGUCUCACGGUGGAUUAAUAUGUCCCCAGAUCUGAACUGACAAUGAACAACAUUGAACAAUGUCAGUUGAACAUUGCAACACAUCAGUAUGUCCAAUGACCUUGUGUAGUGAGUGUUUGCAAACCUCAUCUGUUUUUGGAAGCCAUGAUGGAUGAUAAGAAACAGCUGGAGUUGUCCCUUGGGAAGCAAUUUAAGGCUAACAAGACAAGUUCAACACCAGAGUUGUGGAACUUUCAGUAGAAAUGGGCUAAUGAUAAGAUCAUUAUUACAAAGAGAAAAUAUAGAGUAACUCACAUCUGUCUUGGAUAUACAGUGAAAGUGAGGAAAUGAAGUGCUGCUGCUGCUGCUGCUGCUUUUUGGCAUGAUGAUGAUGAUGAAGAUGAUGAUGGUGGUGAUGUAUUCUACUGAUCUAAUAAAUGUCUCUUCAUGAAG